AUGAAACCACAUAAGCAUGUCACAGCUCUAACACAACCAAAUUUGAAUCAAUUAGCUUUCAAGCGUUUCGAGAAAAAUUUAUGUGAUGGGAGAAAAGAAUGCGAAAUUUUACCGAGAUUUUUGGCUUUCAAUGUUGGACAUCACUUGAUUGCUCCCGAUUUCAACAUCACUCUCUGCGUGAUUUUCAAGAAUUUCUCCACUGUUCUUCGCUCGAUUAUGUGCUUUCUUUACAAUGCUGAAAGCUAUCAAAAAGAAGUGAAAGAUCUAAUGGAUGAUAAGUUCGAAAUUCGUCACUGUAAAAAUAAAAAUGAAUUCAUUGGUGACAUUGGUGAGAAGAAGCUUCAAUGGUUUGAAAGGGAAAGCGGGAAAAUCUUCAAUCGAUACUCAGUUACUCGUGAUCCGAUUGAAAGAUUUGUAUCGGGAUUUCUCGACAAAUGCCUUUACUCUAAAAACAUCUCUGGUGGAUCUUAUGAAAAUCGAAAGAAUCCCUGUGGAAAUUGUGGAGGAAAUAUUACGUGUUUUGGAGAAUUUAUCUUCUCAGAAUUGUCAUCUAUCGUUCGAACAAAUCUAAAGAAAUACACGCUGGAAACUGAGCAUUUUGCUCCACAAAAUUGGAAUUGUAAUUUCAAAGAAGCUUUUGCAAAAUACACUUCCAAACGAUUACUACGAGAAGAUAAAGAAACAGGUUCUCAACAGAUAUUCCUAUCAUCACACUUA